AUGGACAGUGGAGUGGACAUCGACUUCUCCGAUCUCGACGUCACUGACUUCGAAGAAUUCAACCGACACCCUUCCCUGGAGACAAAGACCACCCGCCUUACGACUGAGAGCGAAUUCGAUAGCGAGAGCACGAUCUACAUCCAAUGCAAUGAUCGCUUCGACGGAAUCUCCAUCUCCUCCGACGAACGAGCAAUGGCACUCGUCGACGACUCCAAAAGUCUCUACACCGUUCUCGACUCGACCAAGGAAGUCAAGCGAAUGCGCCUCAUCUGA